AUGCCGCUGACCCAGGGGACAGGCCGGCGUGCAGGGACCGGCCGCUGCAAAGGGACAGGGACUAGGCCGCAAUCCCAAGGGACAGGCCAGCUGGCACGGAGACAGGACCUAGCGGCAGGGACAGGCCGCGCUCCAAAGGGACCGGUCCAGCUCCAAAGGGAGCAGGGCCAGCUAGCAGUGGACAGGGGCCCGCUUGCAGGGACCAGGCGCCGCAUCCAGAAGUGGAACAGCUCCGCUGCCAGGGACAAGAGCCCUGCAGGGAGCAAGGCCAGCGCCAAAGAGGGACAUAGGCCCGCUGGCGGGAACCGGCCGCCUGGCAGGGACAGGCCGCAUCCAAUAGAGUACAAGGCGCGGCAUGCAGGAGAUCAGGCCGCUGCAGGGUACAGGCCGCUGACAGAGACAGCCCGCUCCAAAGGGACAGGCCGCCGCUGCAGAGCACAGGCCGCUGCCAGAGAACAAGGGCCGACGGCCAGGAAGCAGGCCCCGCGGCAGAGAGCAAGGCCCGCUGCAGGGACAGCGCUGGCGAACUAUGGGACAAGGACCGCUGCAGGGACAGACCCGCUGGCAUAG